UGAAGUAUAGCACCAUCACCUUAUUAGGUCACAGCAGAGUGAGUGUCCAAUGUCGCUCUGACCAACUCCCUUGAUGAUGCAGUGUGUGUUUGGAGAAUUCAUCUUUGAUUUGACUGAACAGUUGAAAUUUCAACUGAGAAAGAUAAAUGGUAUAACAUUAAACUCAAGGUGAUUGAGUUGCAGUAGGGAGUCGGAAGCAAGCCAAGGGAACAUCUUUCUCUACAGGGGACUUGGCGAUUCCAAACCCCCCCAAAGUUCCAAGAAGAAAAAGAAGACACCUGGAAUCUGUACUUGCUUUGUGCUGUUGAGCUGUGCUUGUUACAUGGACCUUGUUGCUUUGACCAGCAACUUUAGAACUAAAUUGCCCACCUGUACUGUGAACCCCACUUGACCUCUUAAUCCUUUGUGGCCAUCACAUAAUUGUUAAGAAAAUGAUGGCAGCUUUUAUUCCAUUAAAUAGUUAGAGGAGGUUUAGUUUACUGAUGGAAGUAAGAAAAUGCAUGCACAAAUUCUUUUUCAGUAUUCUUAGCAGGAUUUCAGUGAUACUGUAGAUGAUGAUUCUGUAAUAUUCAGUGUACAGCUUCUGUCCAUUGUAUGGAUAACUUAAAAGAAUUUUUCAAGGAUUGGUACCAAAGAAUGCUGGGGGAAAAUGUUUAGAAAGUGAAUUUAGAAGAAUCAUACACCAUCUAUUAUGAUGCUGCUAUGGCAAAUUCAUGGCCCUAUGUUUCAGUGGCUGUACAGAUCAUACCUUCUUAUGAAAUCCACAAAGGAUUAACAGGCCACUCUGAAUGUAAUGGUAAGGCAAGAGAAUGUUGGUUAUUUGUUAGGGCAGUUAUUGAACAACUUUUAAGCAAAGUUUUGUUUUUUUUAAAAAAACAAAAAACUAAUAAAAUGAGUGUAAUAUGCUCUUGCCUAUGGUAGAAGAUUAAAGCAAAAUAAAGAAUAACUUGUCUGGGUUUGGUUUUUCAAAUAACCUGUAUUUCUUCCUGUCAUAUCUCUUUACAGAAUCCUGAUUCCAAAAUGAUGCAAAUCAACUUGACUGGAUUUUUGAAUGGAAAAAACGCAAGAGAAUUCAUGGGAGAACUAUGGCCACUGCUGUUAAGUGCUCAAGAAAACAUUGCUGGUAUUCCAUCUGCUUUUUUGGAGCUGAAGAAAGAAGAAAUAAAACAAAGACAGAUUGAACAGGAAAAAUUAGCUUCAAUGAAGAAACAAGAUGAAGACAAGGAUAAACGAGACAAAGAAGAUAAAGAGAACAGAGAAAAGCGGGAUCGCUCUCGGAGCCCCAGAAGACGCAAAUCAAGAUCUCCUUCCCCUAGAAGACGCUCAUCUCCUGUUAGGAAAGAGAGGAAACAUAGCCAUUCUCGAUCACCCCACCACACAGCCAAAAGUCGCAGUGUUACACCUCCACCAGUAAAAAAAGAAGAGACACCAGAACCAGAACCUUCCAUGAAAGUGAAAGAAACAUUGAUCCAGGAGGCCACAUCUACCAGCGAUAUCUUGAAAGUCCCUAAAAUUGAGCCCAUGCCAGAUACCAAGGAAAUAUCUCCAGAAAGAGUUUCCAAAAAGGAAAGGGAAAAAGAAAAGGAAAAGGUUCGUCCAAGAUCUCCAUCUCGAUCUAGGUCAAGAUCAAAGUCUCGAUCACGUUCCCCAUCUCAUUCAAGACCAAGAAGACGUCAUAGAUCACGAUCUAGAUCUUAUUCACCAAGGAGGCGGCCUAGUCCAAGAAGGCGCCCAUCUCCUCGGAGAAGAACCCCACCGAGACGUAUUCCACCUCCACCCAGGCAUAGAAGAAGCAGAUCUCCUGUGAGGCGGAGGAGGAGAUCAUCAGCAUCAAUAUCAGGAAGUAGUUCAUCCUCAUCGUCUUCACGUUCUCGAUCACCGCCAAAGAAACUGCCUAAGAGAGUUGUCUCUAGCCCUCCUCGGAAAACAAGAAGGCUUUCUCCUUCUGCAAGCCCCCCAAGGCGAAGACACCGACCAUCCCCACCUCCAAGUCCUCCCCCCAAACCCCGCAGGUCACCAACACCACAGCAGUCUAAUCGUACAAGGAAAGCCCGUAGUUCUGUUUCUCCCAAUAGGACUUCAGCACCUAAACAUAAAAGUAUUGAAAAGAGAGAAUCUCCUUCACCUGCACCAAAAACAAGAAAAGUUGAAUUGUCAGAAUCAGAAGAAGACAAAGGUGGUAAAAUGGCAGCUGCAGACUCUGUGCAGCAAAGACGACAGUACAGAAGGCAGAACCAGCAGUCUUCAUCAGAUUCUGGUUCAUCAUCAUCUUCUGAAGAGGAACGACCGAAAAAGUCAAAUGUGAAAAAUGGUGAAGUGGGUAGACGACGACGCCACUCACAUUCUCGCAGCCCGUCUCCUUCUCCACGAAAGUGGCAGAAAGAAUCUUCUCCUCGUAGGAGGAGGCGAAGUCCCUCCCCGCCAGCAGCCAGAAGACGACGGUCUCCUUCUCCUGCCCCCCCUCCAAGACGUCGCAGGUCACCAUCACCCCCACGACGGAGGUCUCCUUCACCACCCCCUCGCCGGCAUUCGCCCACGCCCAGAAGAUACUCUCCUCCCAUACAGAGGAGGUAUUCUCCUUCCCCUCCUCCAAAGAGGCGAACGGCAUCUCCUCCUCCCAAAAGAAGGGCUUCUCCUUCUCCGCAGCCGAAGCUCAGAGUCUCUCGCUCUCCGCCACCAAAACAAAGAAGCUCUCCACCUGCAAAAAGACGUUCGCCAUCUGCAUCUUCCAAGCACAGGAAAAGUUCCCCUCCAAGCAGGUCCAACCGGGAACCCCGCUCUCCACUGCAGAACAAGCGGCAUUCACCUUCCCCACAGCCUAGACCUUCACGGACCUCUGCCAGCCCCCCAUUGUUGCGUAGGGGUCCUUCUUCAUCACCUCAGCGAAGGCAGUCGCCAUCUCCAACCUCUAGGCCCAUCAGAAGAGUCUCAAGGACUCCGGAGCCCAAGAAGUCAAAGAAGGCUUCUCCACCAAGUCCCCAUUCUGCAAGAAGGGGUUCUUCAUCUAGGUCAGCUUCAGCAUCCCCUGAACCGCCCCCCAAGAAGCAUCCAGCACCUCCCUCUCCUGCUCGGUCAGCAUCUCCUGCUCACUGGUCACCAGUAGCACCUGCAAAGAAGGCUAAAAGUCCAACUCCAAGCCCAUCACCAGUACGAAAUUCUGAUCAGGAAGGAGGUGGUAAGAAGAAGAAGAAAAAGAAGGACAAGAAGCAUAAAAAGGAUAAGAAGCACAAGAAACACAAAAAGCAUAAGAAAGAAAAGGCUGCUGUAGCUGCUGCAAUGGCUGCUUUGACAGCAUCUGCAGAGGAAGAUCAAGAAAAAAAUGUAGAACCCAAAAAGGAGACUGAGAGUGAAGCAGAAGAUAACCUGGAUGACUUGGAAAAACACCUGCGUGAGAAAGCUCUGAGGUCGAUGAGGAAGGCGCAGGCAUCUCCACCAUCUUAGGAUGAAGCAGCAUUUGAUUUCAUGUAAAUUUUAUUUGGUUUAUACUCAAGAUUUCAAUUUCAAAUUGCUAAAAUGUGUUUGAGCUUUAGACUUUAACAUUGGUUGUAAUAAUUGCUAGGUUAAAGUUCACCGUGUUUAUUAAAAAAAAGGGCAUGGAUCUUCAUUACAAAACAAAAAAACAUUUACAGUGUACUAGUGACCUUCUUUGACAGUUGACAUGAUUUUGUUAGAAUUUUCUUAAGCAGCAAGGAUCUUUUCCCCGCCCUAUCCCUGUUCCUGUUCAAUGGUUUAAAAGGGGGCCUGGCAAAACUUGACAGUUUCUCUAAAACGGGUGGGCAACUAUGGCCCCUUCACGACCUGUGCACUUUAAAGCCCAGAAUUCCUGAGCCAGCUAAAGUCCACAGGGCGCAAAGGGCCAUGGUUGCCCAUGCCUGCUCUAAAAGGUCAUAGUACAAAUGCUUACAACAUUUCUAUUGUAAAUUCUUGCUCCAGAUCUUUUGUGGUUUGUAGGCAUGAGAAAGUCACUCUUGGCAAAGAAUUAUGUGGGAACACUUGCCAAACACCCAAGUUUCUCAGUGUUUCCUAAUAAUUUAUGUUUAAAAUUGGCACAACAUAUCUACUUUAUAAACUUGCUUGGCAGAAGGCAGGGGGUUCAUUAUAAUACGGUAAACUAAUUUGGAACACUGGAUUUUUAAUUUGUAUCUUUUUUUUUCUCUUAUCCCCCUUCACCUUCUUUAAAAAAAUACAGUUCCUGUGAUCAAAAGUCUCGGCCAAAUUUGGCAUAAAAUUUUGUUUUGUGGAAUGUUGUUGCCCCAUUCAUAGUUUUCUUUCGUCUUGUUGAAGUCCUUUGGAAUAGUAUGUAAGUUUCAGAGUUGUGGUUUCUGAAAACCUGAAGGACCUGAGCUUUGGAUAUUGUCAUGUUCACAUUGGGGGUUUUAUUUUGUUUCUGUUUUUUUAAACUAAAGCUAUUACAAAGCUUGUGUAUUAAACAAAAUAAAUUUCUAAAUUUAAAGGA